AUGGAAUUAAAGGAAUCUCUGUCUAACCUAAUCCAUGAAAAUAGAAUUUUCUUUUUUGAAAAUCAUAUCAACUUGGAAACUGACAUUCCAUCAGAAAAGAACAAAAUCAUUGACUUGAUGUUACAAAAAAUUGAGGUUGAAAACAUGAAAUAUAAUCCUAACAAAAAGUCUACCAACAUUCUUGUGCUUGGACCUCAACACUCUGGAAAAUCUUCAACAAUCAACACUUUGGGUAAAUAUUUCAAUAGACGAAUCCAAGUUGCAAUUUGUGAUGUUGGACGAAAGGCAGAUGUUGGCACAGUUCACUAUGAAAAAUUUCAUCUCGGUUCCUCUAAUGGUCAUGAAUAUCACAUCUUUGAUACUGCUGGUAAACCAUUCGAAAAGGGAAUGGAUGGAAAUGAUGUGAAUCAAAUUCAAAAGUUAAUGCAUGGAUUGCCAACAGGUGUAAACUUGUCACUUUCUGAAUGGAUGAAUUCAGAAAUUGUUACAGAAAAUGCAGUUGGAUUUGUGUUCCUUGUUGUCAGUGCUGAGGUUCUUACAAAGCGUAGAUAG